GCCUGGCGGCAGCAUGAGCCAGACUGAGCUGUCCACCUGCACGGCGCCGCAGACGCAGCGCAUCUUCCAGGAGGCCGUGCGCAAAGGCAACACGCAGGAGCUGCAGUCGCUGCUGCAGAACAUGACCAACUGCGAGUUCAACGUGAACUCGUUCGGGCCGGAGGGCCAGACGGCGCUGCACCAGUCGGUCAUCGACGGCAACCUGGAGCUCGUGAAGCUGCUGGUCAAGUUCGGCGCCGACAUCCGCCUGGCCAACCGCGACGGCUGGAGCGCGCUGCACAUCGCCGCGUUCGGGGGCCACCAGGACAUCGUGCUCUAUCUCAUCACCAAGGCCAAGUACGCGGGCAGCGGCCGGUGAUGCGCGCCCCGACCCGGCCCCGCGUGUGUCGUCUCUGCUGUCCCUCCCGCCAACUACCUCGGUGUGCGCCCGGCCCUCGGCGCCCGGGCCACGACGAGUCCGGCGCGCGCGUCCGUGCCCGCGGCGCCCUCUGCCCGGGGUCCGCGCCCCCCCGCGGCCGCCAGGACCCGCCCGAGCGCUUCCCACGGCCCCCCCGCCGGCUCGCGGGUGGGGGCGGGGCGCGGGCCGCAGCCCCUUUGAAAUUUGAGUCUCGCUACCAGCAAGUUCGGAAUCCCGAGACACAGGAUCCUCCGCUCAAAAUGUGUUCUCCCGAAGGUGGAAGGACCUGCGGUCGGACCCGCCGCCGCCGAGGAGGCGCUCCGCUGUUACUGGGGUUCUAAACUAUUUAUCACGUGUGUGUAUAUUUGUGGGUGAAGUUUGUGCGCCUGGUUUUUUUGUUUGGAAAAUAUUGUGCGUGGUCAAAGUCGUUAUCUGGGGGGAGAUGCGUUUUUUUCCUAGUCUUAAAGCUAAAAACUUGAGUGUCGUUUCUUGGUUGCACUGAAAAUACCGCCCAGCCUGGUGGUUUUCCCGUGCUGUUCCCUCUGCCUCCUGUCUCUCUUCCUCAGCCGUAUCCCCUCCUCUCCGUCCCCCGCCCCCUCCUCACUCACAAUCCCGUGUGAGUUCGGGAAGCCCCAGGCCUUCCUUCGCCCUCUCCCCUGAGAGGCCACCCUCCCCCAGACCUGCUGGUUUUGCAGGGUUUCCGCGGGAGCCUGGGUGCUCGGGUGUGGCGGCGAUGUGGGGGCGUGGAGGGGACCGUAUCUUUUCUAGUGGGUUCUAUUAUAGUUAAGAGUCAGUUGCACACUUUUUUAAAAAGUAAAUGGAUUUGCCACGAUUAAAUGUCAUAACAUUUAUGACAGAAUAUAAAAUAUUAACAUAUUUUAAGCCAAGUUUUAGGUGUAUUUUUUUAAUCUUGGUUAUAAACCCAAUUUUAAAGGGCGUUUUAUCCAGCGUUGUGAAGGCAACAGUGUAUCCAUAUUUAUAUUUUUAUAAAAUACCUAUAAGACUGUGAAUCUCUUGUGCUAAUUGCUGAGUGAGUUGAAGGACCUUUUCGCCCCUCUUCAGCCUCCCGGAGCUUCAAGGACCCAAUUCGAGUCCGAAAAUCCUGCCACGGGGGAGGGGCCGCCGGGAGGGGCCGCGCUAGGACCUGGGCCGGAGGCGGCGCUUCUUCGAGACGUCACUUUCUGUCUCGAAAGGCGCCCUUCCUGGUCUCCGAAGUUCCAAUUUUCUAUGCAACCCCACACCCCUUGUUGUUUUGAUCCCGAGAAAUAAAAGGGAGGCUGAAUUAUUCAAAUUUAAAUGAGGCUUCCCCUGGGUAGAAGUGGUGCUGACCCUUCGUGCAAAAAUGGGGAGCACUUGAGGACACAGGUGGGUGGAGGCCCUUUGUGCGUGGCUAGUCAGAUUCGGGCAGUCAUCUGUGGCUUUUUAUGAGACCCUGUGUGAGAAGAAUAUAUUGAUAAUGUCGGUGAAACAAGCAGACAUUGAAACUGAGGCACAGAUUACUCCAAAAGGAGUUUUUCUGUAUAUUUUUCCUAGAUGCAAAUACCUUUUUAAUUAUGUUAAUUAAUGUUAAGACUUUCUAGGCUCGUAUGGAAGCUGUGUGUGGGUCCCGGUUUGACCACUCGAACAAGUCUGCAGCACAUUCCUGAGUGUACGAUAUAGGCUGGUAGCCCAACGUAAAGAAUUUAUAAAUAAAUUUCUCAUUGGUCUUUUUAUAUUAAAAGGAAGUUUGUUGGUUCUUUUUGGGCUUGGCACCCGGGACGAGGGUCAGGCUGCAACAUGCCGUUGGUGGGUGAAACUGUACAAUGCUCAGCUUGUUCUCACCUAAAGACAGCCUGGCGAACAGGCUCUGGGCUCCACGCAACUGCCACGCCAAGUCAGCCACAUAUAGGAUGUGCGGGGGGCCAGGGGCUGACUUCCUCCAGCACGGGGAGCCCGGGGCCGCCCCGAGAGCACCCAGAACCCGCCCACAGCCCGUCUCUUCUGCUCCCUGGCAAAGCAGCUGAGGCCUCCGCAUGGAAGACUCUCCUUGAAGCUCUUCCCGCUCUCCCACCAGGCUGGGAAGCCUCGGGUCCCUGGAGGGACCAGGCCCCUUUUCAGUCUCCCCCCGGGCUGCUGUGGGUUCCUGCUGGACCACCUGCUGCACAGGAGGGAUAUCUUUUAAAUUUGGGGGAGCACCACAGUUGCUUACUCAU